AUGGAAGAGCCCAAUUUUCAAAGUAAUGUAGUUAUUUGCAAUUCAAGUGAUAUUGAAGGAAUUGAAGAUUGUUUGUUUGUUGGACGACUAGAAAAUAGUGAUGACAAUUUGUUGGAUAAGGUGACAUAUACUAAAAAUGAAGCAUAUAAUUUAUACAACAAUUAUGCAUUACGAACAGGUUUUAGUAUACGGAAAGGAAAGCCUAGAUAUUUUAAUGGGACAAAGAACAUAAGGCAACGUGAAUUUCUAUGUUCUAAGGAGGGGUUUAAAGUAGAUGAAGAUCCUUGUGAAGAGAAAAACUGGAAGAAACUAGAGACUAGAACUGGCUGUAAAGCAUUUAUUCAUUUCACAGUUGAAAAUGAUGCAUGGAGGGUUACUGCAUUUAAUCCAGAGCAUAAUCAUGAACUUGCACUAUCAUCGGAGAGACAUUUGUUUAGAUCGGGUCGUCGUAUUUCAAAACCUAAGGCAGGUUUAAUUGAUUCUAUGGUGAAUGCUGGUAUAAGUACAAAGAAUACUUAUUUGUAUUUAACAGAAGAAGUUGGAGGGAGUGAGAAUGUGGGCUUCACUGAAAAAGAUUGUUAUAAUCAUGUGAACACAAAAAAGAUGUCUACUAUUAGUGCUGGAGAUGCUCAAAGCCCAUUGAAUCAUUUUAAGAAAAGGCAGAUAGAAGAUCCCAUGUUUUUUUACACAGUUCAAGUAGAUCAAGAAAAUCACAUGACGAAUUUUUUUUGGAGAGAUGGGAGAUCGAGGGUUGAUUAUGAUUGUUUUAGAGAUGUUGUGGUCUUUGACACUACUUACCGCACCAAUAUAUAUAAUUUGAUUUGUGCUCCAUUUGUAGGUGUUAAUCACCAUUGGCAGAAUGUAAUAUUUGGGUGUGCAUUUCUUUUGGAUGAAACUACUGCUUCUUUCAAAUGGUUGUUCAAGUCAUUCUUAGACUCAAUGGGGAAUCGAUCUCCAAUAAAAAAUUUUACUGACCAAGAUCAAGCCAUGUCAAAUGCUAUUGAGGAAGUGUUUUCGAACACACAUCAUCGACUAUGUUUGUGGUAUAUUUCAAAAAAUGCACCUUCCUACUUUGGAGAGUUAAAUUCUAAUUCAGAGUUUCAGUCCUUGUGGAACAAGUGUCAAAAAUAUUGUGAUUCAGAAUUGAAAUUUCAAAACACAUGGGAUAAAAUGAUGCAUAAGUUUAAUCUUAAAGAUCAUCACUGGCUUAAUAUGAUGUACAAAAUUCGACAUAAAUGGAGCACUGCAUUCACUAAGGAUAGCUUCACAGCUAAAUUUAAAGCUUCCUCGAGGAGUGAAAGCACAAACCAUGUUUUGAAUAAUAUAGCAGAUACAACAAUAAGCCUCACUAACUUUGUCCUUAAAUAUGAAAGUGUGUUGGCAGGUAUGCGUUCUUCAGAGUUUAAUGAAGAAUUUCGAUGCAAGCAAGGCGCCCCGCAAAGAGCAGUUAAGAAGAGUGGUAUUUUGGGUCAUGCAGCUCAAGUUUACACAUGUAAGAUAUUUAGAUUAUUUGAAUAUAAAUUCCUUAAUAGUCUUGCAGUAGAGUGGAAGCAAGUUGAUUGUCAAGAUACAAUUGAUGUCUUUGAGGUGAAAGAAGAAGAUAGUGAAAGAGUACGCAUUGUCCACUUUGAUCAUUUCAAUAGCAACAUUUCUUGUUCUUGCAAGAAAUUUGAGUCAUUGGGAAUUCUUUGUUGUCAUGCGUUGCGGGUCUUCAAUUUAAAAAAUUUGACUAAAAUUCCAAGCCAAUACAUUUUGAAACGUUGGACAAAGGAGGCUAAGAAAGGGAUGAUGGCUUAUGAACAAGACAAUCAUUCAAGUGGCAAUGCUAAAGAGGCCGAGAUAGUGUUGCAUAAUAGCAUGUUACGUAUAGCUAAUACAAUUAUAUCCAAAAGCCAAGAGGAUGAUAGCCUUAAAAGCAUUUGUCAAAAGAUACUAUUGGGACUUGAUGAAAAAAUCGAAAGAGAGUCAUCAAAGUUGGGUUCAAAUGCAAAUUUGGAAGAAAAUGAAGUUGUAGAGCAUAAUAUAGUUGAUGAAAUGCUUGGCUUAUCAAAUCAUGUGUCAGUUUUAAAUCCCCCAUGUGUGAGAUCAAAAGGCUUACGAAAAGAUAGACUUAAAGGCCACUUUGAGAAGCGCAAGGCAAAAUCGUCUAAGGAUGCAUCCUCUUCACGAAAAGCAAAAAAACAAGUUUCUAAAGAAAAUCCAAAUGUGUCAUUCGGUGGCUCAUACAAUCCAGCUAUAUACCAACCACCAAAUCCCUACUCUCAUUUAGGAUUUACAAGUGAUAAUGCACACGAUCAAUCUUACAUGUCAUGGACAAAUCAUUCUCAGGAAAUGAGUUGUGUAAAUGUUCCAUUUACAACUAUGUUGCAAGGUACCAAUGUUAUAACACAACUUAGUCAGGUGGCUAACGGGAAAGGACUACAAGGUCAGCUUGGUGACCUUGUAGUCCGGGACCAGAACAAUGUCGUUUCAGGCUUCUUCCUCAACUCAAAAGUUUCCAGUCUUGCUCUGUUUUCUUGA